AUGGUCGGCCACGUUAAGCAACUUAACCUCGACCUGGACUCCUCUCGACUCGGCGGAUGCCUCUUCGACCGAACCCACCGAAUCCACCACACCCACCAAACCCACUCUCGCCGACCGACUAUCCCCAGCCUCGUCUCUUUUGCGCUGGGCCCAUCGCGUGCGGCCUUCCGCCGUCCGAGCUUUUUUUUCCUCGUCGACGUGGUAUCGCGCCUGUGGGAUUCAUCGGAGUGGUCUGCUGCUUUGACUGUGCUGCUGCAUCCUGACCUCACACCUCUGACACCAGGACGCUGUGAUUCUCAGUCCACCAGAUUCAUCCUAUCUCAUCCUGCACCACCGUCGUCGAGAAAAACAGCUGCUCUCAACAAGCCGGACAUGCCAGCCCUCUUCCCUCAUAAUGCGUCCCCCCCCAAGGUCGAUCUCGCCAGCGCAAAUUCUCAAUUCUGCCAAUUCCCUAUCUCUGCCUCGGCAUCCUCGUCCCUCUAUACUCUCUCGCUCAGUCGCAAGCGGCCACGUCGUGAUGCCGAAAAGCUGGCCACCAAAUUCCAGGCCUCAUCGGAGGUAGCAUCGGCAUCGGCACUGCUGCAGCCCACCUAUCCUUACUCAACGGGCUAUGGAGGCGUCGAUCUGGACUAUCGACCCAACCGAUACCGCGAGUCGUUUCUCCCACCGUCGCUCGAGAACAGCGUCGAAUCCAUCGAUGACAACUCUCUCGGCACCAGCCGUAAGCGCACUCGUCGGGACAGUCUGCUCACAUCCCCGGGCCCAGACGUCGACAGCCCGGAGAGUGGACCGAUCGGUUGGGGACGCACAGUCAUCAAUGUGGUCGGAAAAGUCUUGGAUCUGUGUUGGUCGGGUGCGUUUCGGGGCUUCUAUGCCGGUGGCGGGCAGGGGUAUGAUCUACCGACGAGCUUGCCAUCCGAUACGACCCCCAGUUGGGAAAAGGAGUCGAUGCUAAGCGAGAAGGAGAAAGAAUGCCUGUUCCAUUCACCCAUACCAGGCCAAUACCCGGAAGAUGAGCUGGAACGUAGUUGGGUGGUAAUUCCUUCCACCACAACCCACGAAUUCACGCCCGACUUGGCGGCCACUCGAUCGAUGCGGAGUCGGCGUGUACAUCAAGCAUCGAGUCCUCGACGCCGCUCGGCGGUCAUGCCCAAGUCACAAAAGAAAACUUCCGCUUCGAGGGGUUCUUCCACCCCCACCCAAAGUCCAAGUCUACCAUCGCCACGUUUACGGGAGGGACCCGAUUCCGCGGAAAUGAAAAGGGUGGCAGCGCAGAUACGCCGGCGAGAACGUGAGGAAGAUGCCAGCAUCAAAAGAUUGAAUCGGCAACUGCAAGCCAUGAUCAGAGAGGGUAAACAGGCUCUGGGCUCCAAGGUCGAAGUGGAUGACUUGGAGAUGGACUUUGACUGA